GAGAAGAUGGUUCCCAGCUCGAGGGGUGUUAAGGGUUAGCGCUCUCACCCUGUAGUUCAGGGCACAGGGAUGCUGGGGUAGGGAAGGGGCGGUGGAGCCUGCAGGUUCUGUUGGGGGGAUGGCCAUGGUGCAGGCUGGACAGGUGCCCAGCAUCAGGUUGUUUCAAGGGGAGCCUGGAGAGCACCCCCUCUUAUGGUGCCAGCACUGGCCAGGCUCUUGUGAAGACUGGCCGUUGCAGGGAAAGAGCAAAUUGGCCAAGAUGGCGUCGUCGGGCUCUCUUGCCCGACGUUUUGUAGAUGGUGAUGAUGUAACCGCUGAGAUCACUUAAAGUGCUGCACGUGUACAUCACAAGGUACCCAGCUGACCACGGGCUGCUUUGUUCUGUAAGCACAUAUAAGCUCCACCUGGAAGUGACCUUGUGGCUGCGUUGCGGCUGCAUUAUGUCUGUGUCUGCUGGGUCAACCACGAGAGGAGAGAAGACAGUGUGUCUGCAGUUCCUAUUGCUCCUCGAGUUUUCUUCUAGCUUCCCUGCUCGUGCCUUGCCUUCCAUGGGUUCAUCAAACAGCACACACAGUGAGAUACAGCAAGACAGCCUUGCCUUCACUAGGUCAACUCUGCGACCCUGUGGACUGAAGCCUACCAGGCUCCGCCGUCCAUGGGAUUUUCCAGUUUCUACGUGUAAAGCUUUGAAGGAGAUGGAUAUAAUUAAAGCUUCUGUGUCAGGCUGUUACUGCUACAAUCAAAAUUCCCAAGUGAAAUGGAAGUAUAUAUGGUCAACCGUGCAGGUGAAAAUUAACAGUUCAGACCUGUUCAGUGUUGUAUAUAUCACAGAAAGGUAUAAUUGCCAGUAUCCAGAAACCAUUCUAUCCAUCAUCAGAUGUAUGAUUCAUAACUUUUGGACACCAGAGGAGUCUAAUGAUACAACCAUCACCAUCCAUCCAUACGGACAGACUGUGUGUUUCUCUGUGAAGCCAGCCGGGAAGAUCUUUAUCUAUACGAUAAGUGUGAAACAAAACAUUGUGGAUUUCAAGCUCGUCUUUGUGUUUGUGGUGGGCAUCUUCCUCUUCUUUUACGCAAAGACCUUGAGUCGAAGCCCUGUUUUCUUUUACUCUUCGGGGACUGUGCUAGGUGUUCUAAUGACAUUAGUCUUUAUCCUGUUGCUGGUGAAAAAGUUCAUUCCUAAGUAUAGCACCUUUUGGGCUCUAAUGCUUGGUUGUUGGUUUGCUUCAGUUUAUAUUCUGGGGCAAUUGAUGGAAGAGCUGAAGAGACUGUGGUAUGAAGGCAGAAUAUGUGUAUUAGGCUACAUCUUGGCAGUUGGCUGUGUCAGCUUUGCUGUCUGCUACAAGCACGGGCCCCUGGUGGAGGAGAGGAGCGUGGCGCUCCUGGCGUGGCUGCUGCGGCUCCUGGCCCUGCUGCUGGUGUACAUGGGGGUAUCCGCGCCCCAGUUCGCCUGCACGGCCGCCCUGCUCCUCUUCCUGUCAUCUGGGAGUCGGCGCUAUCCGUGGAGCGCGCUCGCCUGUGUCGGGAGGAAAAUGAAGAAAUGGUUUACAUCAGAGAAGCUGGCGGUGAAGUUUCUUACUGAAGAUGAGUACAAGGAACAAGCUGAUGCAGCCACAACCUGCGCCCUGGAGGAGCUCCGCCAGGCCUGCCGCAGCCCCGGCUUCCCGUCCUGGCUGGCGGUCUCCAGGCUUCAGGAGCCGAAAAAGUUUGCAGACUUUGUUCUGGGAGGAAGCCACUUGUCGCCUGAAGAAGUGAGACUCCAUGAAGAACAGUAUGGCCUUGGAGGUACCUUCUUGGAAGAGCAGCUUUUUAACCUGAGGACUCCUGACAGUCAGCCUGCACAGUGACUUCAUCCUGGACAAGGAAGUGGGCAUGGGCAGGCGGGCAGAACUGUCCAAGGAGCAGUGGCCAAAGCACUCGCCACAGAGAAACAUCAAACCAUACUGGAAAGGAAAGCUAAACUUCACUGAAGAUAACUGAUCCUUCUUGGUCAGUUCUGUGUGUUGUCCUGUAGGUGGCUGCUGAGAUUGUGUGACGGUCAUUAUCACUUUCCUUGAAUGAAGACUCUCGUUAGGAACAAGGGAAUCGUGUUGAUCUUCAAAGGUCCAAUUAAUGUGAAUAAGUUCCUUGUCAACUCCAGGGCAUUAAAGCCUCUCUUAAACCCCAGAACCUGCAAUAAAAUAGUGCACUGCUCUUCCCACCUGUUAUCAGUGUAAGGGCUGGAAGAGACCUGGGAUAUGCUGGACCAAUGUUUUCCAAAGUGUAGUCCACAGGAUGCCUCAGCGUUAGCAGGUAAGGGAUCCUGAGGUCAACCGAGAUGGAUGCUGCAGGACUUCUCAGAGCCUUUAGUAAUGCUGAUGCAUGUUGCGUGAACCUCCUGAAGAGGAGAAAUGGUGUGAAGCAGUCUCUGACUUAAUUUGAAAACAGAACCCUUCUUUAUGAGAUUAAUAUUCCUUGGACAGAAUGUUUAGAAAAUGCUGAUGGUGGAGGAAUGGAGACUUGGGAAAGUUAAAUAACUUAUCCAAGACUACAGAGAUUUUUAGAGGCAGCCCUGGGACUAGAACUCCAGCCCUGCUGCUUCCUAUGAUUCAGGUAGAAGAGACUUUUAGAAGCAAGCUGAGGGGCCACCUCUCCACAGCCUUGGGUCUUACAGUAUUGGUGACGUAUUUUUUUACUUUUUAUAAUACCCAAGUAACUGAUAACUUCAGUAAAGAGAAACAUUUCCUAAGGUUAUAUUUAAAGUUUUGACAAGACUUUUAUAGACAUAUAUUAAAGAUUAGAAGUUAGAAUUACUUUUCUAAAUUUUUGUGUGUGCGUUGAAAUUGUUGAACUACUUUUUGUAUUUCUUUGUAUGUUGAAAUUUAACCUCAAGUUUACUGGCCUGUUUUUUAAAAUUGUGCAAUUAUAUAUAACAAUUUCCUACAAAACA